AUGGCUCCAACGCUAGAACUCAACGAGAGGGCUGCUGUUGACAAGAUUCUCGUUAAGUCCCUCCCCAAAAAUGGCAGCACUAGCACUGCUCGCCUCGAACUUGAGAACCCAGAGAAGCACGACAGGGUUCUGAAGGUUUUUAGAGCUUUCAUCGCGGACCUUUGCCAGCAUUUCAAUGGUGGACACCCUGGCUCCGCUAUGGGUAUGGCAGCCAUUGGUAUUGCCCUCUACAAGUACGUCAUGAGGUACUCUCCCAACAAUUGCGAGUACUUUAACCGUGACCGCUUCGUUCUGUCCAAUGGACAUGCCUGUCUGUGGCAAUAUCUGUUCAUGCACCUUGUCGGUGUUAAGAGCAUGACCCUCGAGCAGCUCAAGUCAUACCACUCGACAAAGACCGAUUCCCUCUGCCCCGGCCAUCCAGAAAUCGAAAAUGAGGGCGUUGAGGUUACGACGGGCCCCCUUGGCCAAGGAGUCGCUAACGCAGUUGGUCUCGCCAUGGCAACCAAAAACCUUGCCGAGACAUAUAACAAGCCUGGCUUCGAGUUAGUGAACAACAUGACGUGGUGCAUGAUCGGUGAUGCCUGCCUACAAGAAGGUGUUGGACUAGAGGCAGUCUCCCUCGCUGGUCAUUGGAGACUUAACAACCUCUGCAUUAUUUAUGACAACAACUCAAUUACUUGUGAUGGCACUGCUGAUGUUGCCAAUACUGAGGAUAUCAAUGCAAAGAUGGAGGCUACCGGAUGGAAUGUACUGAAUGUCUUUGACGGAGAUUCAGACGUGGCUGGCAUCGUCAAAGCCCUCAUCGCGGCCCGAUCAAGUGAUAAGCCGACCUUUAUCAACAUUCGAACAACUAUCGGCUUCGGAUCUACCGCAGCGGGUAACGCAAAAACACAUGGAGCAGCUCUCGGCGUCGACGACGUGGCCAACAUCAAGAAGUCGUUUGGCUUAGACCCCAAUGAGCAUUUCCACAUCCCACAAGAUGUCUACGACCUGUUCGCAGAUGUUCGUGUCCGCGGCGAUGCCUACGAGGCCGAGUGGCUCCAGACCGUUCAGAGAUACAAGAAAGAGGAUCCCGUGCUUGGGACAGAAUUCGGCCUUCGUGUCUCUGGGAUGAUGCCCGAUGAUUGGACGAAGUGCAUCCCCAGCAGGUCAGAGCUUCCAAUUGAGCCCACGUCAUCGCGAAAGUCUGCAGGUAUUGUAACAAAUAUCCUUGGAGAGAGGAUCAAAUCCUUUUUGGUUGGAACCGCGGACCUGACUCCUUCGUGCCAUGUGGCCUUCAACAACAAGGUCGACUUCCAAUCGCCUGAUCUGCGAACCGCUUGCGGUCUCAACGGAAACUACAGUGGCCGCUAUAUCCACUACGGCAUCCGCGAGCACGCCAUGUGUGCCAUCUCCAACGGCCUCGCUGUAUUUAACAAGGGCACCUUCAUCCCAAUGACGAGUUCAUUCUUCAUGUUUUAUCUGUAUGCCGCCCCAGCCGUUCGAAUGGCAGCCCUCCAGGGACUCCAGCAGAUUCACAUCGCAACCCACGAUAGCAUUGGUACCGGCGAGGAUGGACCGACGCAUCAGCCAAUCGCCCUACCAGCUCUCUACCGAGCCAUGCCGAAUACCCUAUACAUUCGUCCAUGCGACUCUGAGGAGGUGGCCGGUGCUUUCAUCGCUGCUAUCCAGGCCACUGAGACACCGACCAUCAUCUCUCUGUCACGACAGAACCUGACACAGUUCCCGCAACACUCUUCUCGGGACGGCGUGAGCAUGGGCGCAUACGUUUUUGUCGAGGCCGACGAUGGCGACUUCGACGUGACGCUCAUUGGAGUCGGUUCCGAGAUGGGUCUCACGAUGCAGGCUAAGGAUGUGCUUCUCAAGGAGCACGGCAUCAAGUCAAGAGUGGUUUCGUUUCCCUGCCCCAGACUUUUUGAGCAGCAAUCGCGACAGUACAAGCAGUCAGUGCUAAAGCCUCGCUCCGGAAAGCCUACCGUGGUCAUUGAGGCUUAUGCCGCGAAUGGAUGGGAGCGGUACGCUGAUGCAUCCAUGUCCAUGAGGCGAUUUGGAAAGAGCCUUCCAUCCAGGGCGACUUACGAAUACUUUGGAUUCCAGCCUCAUAAUAUUGCAACUAAGAUCAGGAAUCUGGUGGAUGAGGUUAAGAGAGAUGGGAUUGAGAUACUGAGGGGUGAUUUUAGAGAUCUCAAUGGCAGCUUGGGAGUUGGAUUUGAGCAUUAA